AUGAAUGGCUCUAUUUAUUUGAGGUUCUUAGACUAUCAAAUGGAGCACUCAAAUGAAUGCAAGAGAAACUUUGUUGCAGUCUAUGAUGGAAGCAGUGCCAUUGAAAAUCUAAAAGCCAAGUUCUGCAGCACUGUGGCCAAUGAUGUAAUGCUUAAGACAGGAGUUGGAGUGAUACGCAUGUGGGCAGAUGAAGGAAGCCGUCUCAGCAGGUUCAGAAUGCUCUUCACUUCCUUUGUGGAACCUCCCUGCACAAGCAGCACUUUCUUUUGCCACAGCAACAUGUGCAUCAACAAUUCUUUAGUCUGUAAUGGAGUUCAGAACUGUGCAUACCCUUGGGAUGAAAAUCACUGUAAAGAAAAGAAAAAAGCCGGAUUAUUUGAACAAAUCACUAAAACUCAUGGAACAAUCAUUGGCAUUACAUCAGGGAUUGUCUUGGUUCUUCUCAUUAUUUCUAUUUUAGUACAAGUGAAACAACCCCGAAAAAAGGUCAUGGCUUGCAAAACUGCUUUUAAUAAAACUGGGUUCCAAGAAGUGUUUGAUCCUCCUCAUUAUGAGCUAUUUUCACUACGGGACAAAGAAAUUUCUGCAGACCUGGCAGACUUGUCAGAAGAACUGGACAACUACCAGAAGUUGCGGCGCUCCCCAACAGCCUCCCGGUGCAUCCAUGACCAUCACUGUGGGUCUCAAGCAUCCAGUGCCAAACAGAGCAGGACCAACCUCAGUUCCAUGGAACUUCCCUUCCGAAAUGAUUUUGCACAGCCACAGCCAAUGAAGACAUUUAAUAGCACCUUCAAAAAAAGUAGCUACACUUUCAAACAGGCACAUGAGUGUCCUGAACAGGCCCUAGAAGACAGAGUCAUGGAAGAGAUUCCCUGUGAAAUUUAUGUCAGAGGGAGAGAGGAUUCUGCACAAGCAUCCAUAUCCAUAGACUUUUAAUCUUCUACUAACAGUGGCUAAUGAGUAAAUAUGUGUGUAUGCAGCCUACAGAGCACCCAUUCUGUCUCAGCAGCCAAUUAUGCUCUCCUGUCAAAACUAGGAAGACCUUCAUUUGCUAUUAACCUAUUGUAUUGGUGACUUUUUAUUAUCUCAGGCAGUCUAUAUGUGUUAAACCAACAAGGAACUUAAUAUAUUCAGUGGAAAAAAUAAUCAUCAUCUGUUACUUGGUGUCAUAAACAAGGUACUACCAGCUAAACAGCAGCUGAGGAGGGAGCUGUUGUGUCAAGCCAGACU